AUGAGUGCAGGUGGAGUAGGAGGAUCUAUGUUAGGUAAGCGGUCCACCAAUGUCACGGAUUUCGAGAUGUGGAUCCGAAUGGCUACAGAUAACAAGAUCAAUGCCAAAAACUCUUGGGAUUUUGCAUUGAUAGACUACUUUCACGAUUUGUCCUUGCUAAGGGAAGGUAGAAGUAUAAAUUUCCAAAAGGCUUCGGCCACGCUUGAUGGGUGUGUAAAAAUCUACUCGUCGAGGGUGGACUCUGCAGCCAGUGAAACCAGUAGGUUGUUGACUGGCUUAGCAUCAUCAAAGACUUCAGAUGAGGUUGAAGGACAAGUAAGAACAGACGAACAGAAUGGAACCGAAGACGAAAUUAGUGUAAAAAGAAGAAGGAGAACAGAUAGAGUGGAAACAACCUUGGUAGGAUCGUUUGAGGAUAUACGAUCAUCAGUUAUUGAGAAGGAGUUAUCUGUAGAUCCUAUCUUCAAGAGGGCUUUGUCCAAUUUCGAUGAAGGAGGAUCCAAGAGUUUAUUGCUUCACAUUCUCAAUAUUGAUAAGGUAGGAAGGGUUGCUUUCGACACGACAUCCGAUCCCAAGCUUGUCGAAAAAGGGAUGAACCACUCGGAAGAAACCGUAGACAAGACUGAUCUAGCAGAUGACAGUCUUGAUAGGCUAGAACGGUUUCUUUUCCAGGAUGGAUUUGAAGACACCAUGAUUUCACACAACAUUUCCAGAUUGCAAGAGGCUGUGGAAGAUGUUUUCACGCAAGAAAAUCUAUUGGGAAGUAUACUUCCUAAAGAAUUUAAGGAAGAUAACGAUAUUAAUAACUACGAUUUUCAGGAUGAUCUCGAUGAAGGUGAAGAAGAUGAAGUAUCGGAAGAGUAUGGAUUACAGAACGCCAUCACUGGAGUGAUGAGCGAAGUUGACGUUAACAAUACCAUACAAAGAAUAUUUGAUGACACUGAACUACCGUUUCAGGAAGAUGAUAAGGAUAUGGUUGGCGAACUGGUGGAUAUUCCUGAUUACGAAUUACUAGCGUAUUUCGACAAGAACUUGAAACCUAGUUUAUCUAACAAGAACCAUUGGAAGAUAUCCAACUUGAAAAGGAAUGUUCGCGAACUGGUCAAAAAGGGCCCAAAGUUGAAUGUACCAAAACCUGAACAGAAACUCAUUGACUUUGGUGGUGAAGAAAUUGAUGAAGACGACUUGUUUGCUGAUCCUGCUGCUCCUCCUGUAUUACCCAAAUCGCAUAGAGAAUCACGACAUGUCUUAACAGAAGAUUUUCAGUUCACAGCCAAGAGACUUAUCAGUUUAUUCACAAAGCCCAUGCUCUUAAAAACAUUCAAUAAGAAGAGGAUGGUGUACAGUAAAAAGACAACCGCAUCCGAACUCUCUGUGCCCGCUGACGAAAACUACUGGUCCAAUAGAUACCAAGAAAGAGAAGAAAUGGAAAGGUCUCGACUUAUGGAUGAUGUAUAUAGAGAAGAUAUUGAAGAACUCCACCAGUCGUACCAUGCAUCUUUUUUCCAGGAGGGUGAAGAAGGUGAAGACAAUUUCGAUGGAUAUGUUGAUCCUAUGGAAGGAAACGAACUAAUUCCAGCUUCUUCUUUCGGGUUGAAACCAAGGUUUCUCAAUUUUUCUAAGGUUGCAAAAAGGGUAGAUAUCAAGUUGCUUAAGUCCAACUUGUGGGAUCGUCUAAAGCAAGAAUCCAUCUUCCAGACUUCUGCAGACAAACAUGCUAAUGGUUUGGACCGUAAAAGUGAUAGUACGGAAGAAUAUUCUGAAAAUGACGAAAAUAACUCUCGUGAAACGGUAUGUUUCAGCUCGGUGGUUCAUUCUAUAGAAGGAAAGUACACGAAGGCUGAACGGAGUGAUAUUUCAACGAGUUUCUACUUCAUUUGUCUCCUUCACUUAGCGAACGAACAUAGCUUUAGCAUCGAAAAUAAUCAGGACUACACGGACUUGGUGAUCGCAAAUUAA